CACAGAAUCCAGACGCUCUUCAAGCGAUUCACACAUAUCCAGGCGGCUCAGACUGACUGACAGCCACAGACGGCUGCAGACCUAUAGACGAUAUCUUCCAAGAGGACACAAAGGCAUAUCAGAAAGAGAGAGGCAGAGAACCAUCGGAAAACGAGAAAAACAUAUCCUGCAUCAUAAAUCAUUGCCAGGCUUUGAUUAAUGUUGCGUAUACGCAAUGUGGGCCUCUAACUAAGUGAAAGCUCAAAAAGAGAGAGUAAGACAUCAGCACCUUCUGGGAACUAACAACAACAUCAUCAUCAUCAUCAUCAUCAACGCCGUCGUCGUCGUGGGCAUCUAGUAGCAAAACCACAAAUCCUACAAACCAAAGAUGGCCUUCAUCUGGCGGCGACGUUCCACGACGAUUGUGAAGCUGGUCUUCUUCCUGGUGGCCAUCUGGUUCUGCAUAGCCUUCCUGCUCUAUACGGACGACACCCAGCGGAGAGCCUCCCAAGAGGGUGUUGGCAGUGCGGCGGGCAGUGCCCUUGGCGGAGGACCAGGAGCAGCUGGAGGAGGACUGGGUGAUCCCAUUGCCUUGGCUCUAAGGAACGAGCCUGCGGGCGAGGACCUCGGCAUCAAUGGGAAUGUCAUCGGCGGUUCAGAUGGUAGACACAAGCCUGUCCGCGACGAGGCCGACAUCCCGCCAGUGGGAAAGAACAAGGAGAAUCUGGUGGAAAAGCUGCGCAAGAAAGCCCAGGAACAUCAGAAAGCCAAGCCCGUUGAAGAUACUAACAAAGUUAUUGAGCCGCCGGGCGACAUUGAUGACAAUCCUGGCGAGAUGGGCAGACCGGUGAAGCUGCCAAAGGAAAUGCCCGAGGAGAUGAAGAAGGCUGUGGACGAUGGCUGGACCAAGAAUGCCUUCAACCAGUAUGUCUCCGAUUUGAUCUCAGUUCAUCGAACGCUGCCAGAUCCUAGAGAUGCCUGGUGCAAGGAUUCGGCGCAAUAUAGAUCCGAUUUGCCCAAAACCGAUGUCAUUAUAUGCUUCCACAAUGAAGCCUGGACGGUGCUGCUGCGCACUGUGCACUCCGUGCUGGAUAGAUCUCCAGAGCAUCUGAUUGGAAAGAUUAUCCUGGUUGAUGACUACAGCGAUAUGCCUCAUUUGAAGAAGCAAUUGGAGGAUUAUUUCAAGCCCUAUCCCAAGGUCCAGAUUAUCAGAGGUCAGAAGCGAGAGGGUCUGAUCAGAGCUCGAAUUUUGGGUGCCAAUCAUGCCAAGUCCGCGGUACUCACUUAUUUGGACUCCCAUUGCGAGUGCACUGAAGGCUGGCUGGAACCACUUUUGGAUCGAAUUGCUCGCAAUUCCACAACAGUUGUAUGUCCCGUGAUAGAUGUCAUCAGUGAUGAGACCCUGGAAUAUCACUAUCGGGAUUCCAGUGGCGUUAAUGUGGGAGGUUUCGACUGGAACUUGCAGUUCAGCUGGCAUCCCGUUCCCGAGCGUGAAAGGAAGCGUCAUAACAGCUCGGCAGAGCCUGUUUACUCACCCACAAUGGCCGGUGGACUCUUCUCCAUCGACAGGGAGUUCUUCGAUCGCCUGGGAACCUACGACUCUGGCUUCGACAUUUGGGGUGGCGAGAACCUGGAGCUGUCCUUCAAGACCUGGAUGUGUGGCGGCACUUUGGAGAUUGUACCCUGCUCCCAUGUGGGCCACAUAUUCCGGAAGCGGUCGCCAUAUAAGUGGCGUUCGGGCGUAAAUGUGCUGAGGAAGAACUCUGUGCGACUGGCCGAAGUUUGGAUGGAUGAGUACUCGCAGUACUACUAUCACCGCAUUGGCAACGACAAGGGCGACUGGGGCGAUGUCAGUGAUCGCAAGGAGUUGCGGAAAAAUCUCAACUGCAAGAGCUUCAAAUGGUAUCUGGACAACAUUUACCCCGAACUCUUUAUUCCCGGCGAUUCGGUGGCCCAUGGAGAGAUUAGAAACUUAGGUUACGGCGGUCGCACCUGCAUGGACGCACCUGCCGGCAAGAAGCACCAGAAGAAGGCAGUGGGCACAUAUCCCUGCCACAGACAGGGCGGGAAUCAGUACUGGAUGCUGAGCAAGGCGGGUGAAAUACGUCGCGACGACUCCUGUCUGGACUAUGCCGGCAAGGAUGUGACGCUUUACGCGUGUCAUGGCGGCAAAGGAAAUCAGUUCUGGUCUUAUCGCGAGAACACGAAGCAGCUGCACCACGGCACCUCCGGCAAGUGCCUGGCCAUCUCGGACUCCAAGGACCGACUGGUGAUGGAGGAGUGCAACAAUAGCCUCAGCCGCCAGCAGUGGUCACUCGAGAACUACGACAGCUCCAAGUUGUGAGGCUACUUCUAUGCGAGGGGUAACCUCAUGUUGCCCACUUCGCGGCGACACCAGCCACCACAUGCAUAGCAGCAGCAGCAGAAGCAGAAGCAGCAACAGGAUCGGGGGAGCAGCAGGAGCAAGGAGCCAGUCAUGGAGUGGAGGCAGGAGUUGGAGUAGUUGGAGGAUCCGCGAGGCAUGUGCAAUAGACGGGGAAUGAGAGAAACAGAGGGUAGCAGCAGCAUCACUUGCCAUGCUAUAUAAAUAUAAACUAAACUUUAUACAUGUUUCCAAACAACAGAAUAGACGUUACUUAGCCCUAA